GAUACGCCUUGGGCUGCUUUGGAAGUCUCCUUCGCAAAGAGGCAUGCGACAUCCAUCGCAGUACGACGUGGCUGUGUCGGAUGCUCUGGUGCUGGCGUCACUGGCUCCGGUUCUGUCAUCGGCGAAGGUAAGAUGGCGGGCGCUGCCAGCCGCUCAGGCACCCUGCUUGCUCCUUAUCAGAGAGGAAGAUCUUUCUGCUGCCAGUGUGGCGCUUGUUCGCGCUGGGCAUGCCAUCGGCCCGGCCGCCCGCGUGUGCCCUCCCAAACCUCAAGAGGACACUGCAGCAUCUGGCAAGAACGCUGAGCACGUGGGAGCUUGGACCCUAACUCGUCGAGAGGAGCCUGUGGGCAAGACCGUCGAGGAGCCCGAUGAAAAAGGUCCCUUGCGCUUGCAGGCUCCGUCCGGAGUCUACGUGGAGGUGCGGAUUCCCCAGGAGGGAGCAAAGGAGCAGGCCUCCUGUGCGGGGAUCCACUCCGUCGUCGAGGUCAGCGGAGGCCGCCAGAUGAGUGUGCGGCACCGUGUGGUUGACUUCCGGCCACCGACGGGGCGGGUUCUUUGCACACAGGUUAAGUUUGACAAGGAGGUCAUGGCUGCGGAGUUGAGUUAUCCUCGCGGCCGCUUCCGUGAUGAGUACAUAGAAGCCUGGUCUCGUAUUCAUUCGGGUCCGAUGGCAGCGUUGGAGUUGAUAUCUGAAGAGCCUUCUGUGGGACCUUCGCGGACAGGUUACUGGAUCUUCUGCGGCAGCCGCUUCGGGCGCGUGAUUGGCCUGCCUGUUGGACAGGACCGGAGUCGCUUCCGCCCGAGCCUCGGGAAGCUUCGCCUGAAUUCGCGAAAUGCGCAGAAGACAGGGUUGCAGUUGGCAAGGGCAGGCACAAGAGACAUUUCAGCUGCAAGCUGGGAGGCUUCUGCAAGGGAGGAGCUGCAUACACGCUACGAGGCUGUUUGGGGCGACAUCGAGCGACCAGGGAGGCUGAGAAUCCGCGAGGAGGUCUGGUCCAAGAGCAAGUCCGGCGAUUUGAUCUACGACCAGGCAACUGGUGUUGGUGGCACUCUCACCUUUGGUCCGAGCGAGGUGCUGCACUGCUUGCCGAACGGCGUCAAGCAGCGAUGGCGCAUCCGUGACUGGGGCUUCGAUCCCUUCCGACCCGGCGGACCGUUGCCUGCGCCUCUGCGAUGGGAGGCCAUUCAGUCUGACAACGAGGCACAGCUUUGGUGCGACGUUUGA